UUUGAAGUUUCCAAGCUUGAGUAGAAAGCAGCAUACGGUAUCGCACGAGCUAGCGUUCAGCCAUGGCCACGACUCUAACGAAAUUGAAGCUCUCGCUGCCGUUGAUCCUACUCCUAGCAUCGGUUUCAGGCUUCGCGAAAGUUCCGCCAACAUGCAAGCGCAUCGAGUGCCCCUCCUACAAUGUGAUUCAUGUCGGCGACGGCUACGAAAUUCGCCACUAUAAUUCCACCGUCUGGGCCUCGACUUCCCCCAUUCAAGACAUUUCCCUUGUUGGAGCAACCAGAACUGGAUUCUUAAGGUUGUUUGAUUAUAUUCAGGGCAAGAACAACUACAAGCAAAAAAUUGAAAUGACAGCACCUGUGAUCACUGAAGUAUCACCUAGUGAUGGACCUUUCUGUGAGUCCUCAUUUGUGGUAAGCUUUUUUGUUCCAAAGGAGAACCAAGCGAACCCUCCUCCUGCGAAGGGUCUCCAUAUCCAAAGAUGGAAGCCUGUAUAUGUAGCGGUGAGGCAGUUCGGUGGGUUUGUGAGGGAUUCUAAUGUUGGGGAGGAAGCUGCUGCCUUGAAGGCCAGUAUUGCAGGCACUGAGUGGUCUUCUGCCAUUGAAAAGAGUCACCGAGCUGGGCAUGCUUCUGUUUAUACUGUUGCUCAGUACAAUGCCCCUUUUGAGUAUGAUGAUAGAGUGAAUGAGAUAUGGUUCUUUUUUGAUAUGGAGAAUGAAAGGCAUUCUAUCUUCUGAAGCUGUUUUGGGGGAAAGCAAAGAUCGAUAUGCUGUUUCUAGAUAUAAUAUAUAAAGUUUCAAUGAGUAAGCUAUGAACAGAGUAACACACUAAGGACUCUGAAGUAUUUUAGCGUGUUAAUGUGAUCAAUAAAUAAAGUGGUUUACAUUUUCCUAGGCUUGGAAAUGGAAGAAUUGUUUUACACUCUUUUGGAUUAUUUUUACACAAACAGGAUAGCUGGAUGUAAUUUUCCCA